AGGCAACCGUUGGGCGUUUGAAUUGUGUUCAGAAAACAGCGGCAGAUGACAGCAACUUGUUGCACUCGCUAGUCACUUUACAUCAACCCAAUUUUCCGGACUUCGGUUUUUACUGCUAUCAUCCACUGAGAAUGUCGAAAAAACAGAUUUACUAUUCUGACAAGUACAAUGACGAGGAGUUCGAGUACAGGCAUGUCGUGCUUCCAAAGCAGCUGUCUAAACUGGUGCCAUCCUCCCACCUGAUGACAGAAGAAGAGUGGAGGGGAUUGGGGGUGCAGCAGAGCCAGGGCUGGAUUCACUACAUGAUCCACAAACCAGAGCCACACAUACUGCUGUUCAGAAGACCUCUCCCAAAGGAUUAAAUGGGAGCCAUCUGUAAAUGCCAGGCAUCAUAUCUGCUUAUUGAUAUUGUUUUGGGACUGUAGAUCUCUCCUACAUGCAUCUCUACAUAUGUUCUCAUGUAUUGGGUAGAAAACCUUUAGUUGUAUUGUGUUUUUGUCUUUUCAAACUCCCUCAAUUUUUAGAGGUAAUGAGAGGCAAACAGCUUGAUUCCACUGUGAAUGAUAACCUUAUAUAUGAAUGAAGGUGAAAGUUUGCCUGUCAAUUGUACAUUUUAAUACAUUUUUUAAAAAUGUUUUUUGAUGUCAUUUUGUUAUGAUUGAUUUAUUUACUGUGUUUUCAUAGAGGCACAGGGUUUUGUUUGUUUCGAGCUGAUUUUCCCAAAAGAGCUUUCUGUGUUUGAACGUUCAUUGUUCUUUUUCUUUGUGUUGUGUAUAUAAUAUUAUUUCUAGAUAUUGUAAAAUCUGACAGUGAGUCAUGGUUGAUUCAGUAAGUUUGUUGUUGCUGAACGAACAAAAUAAAAUUGAUUUCUUCACAUA